AGUUUAUAGAACGCAGAUCGAAUCCUUAUGAAGAUAAAUACCAAAUUAAGGAGGAAGAAGAAUCUUGAAGGAAGUGAAAAUUUCAAAGGAGCCUGCCCUGUGCCUUGGAUUGGAGUGGGUAUAAGGAGGAAGAAUCUUCCAAGUACACAUCAAAUUGUUCGAUAAUAUUGAGCAAUCACAGUCACAGGGGCACCUAAUUGAAAAUUCUCUCUCUCUCUCUCUCUCUCUCUCUCUUCUCUCGUUUUCUCCUUGUUUCUCUGCUUGAUGUCCGAACCCUUUUAGCUCAAACUUCAAAGCGAGCUUCGAUUUCUCUGUUUUCGAAUCGACCCAUCAAAGCUUGCACAGAGAAACCAUGUCUUCUCCAAGCAAACGCCGAGAGAUGGACUUGAUGAAACUGAUGAUGAGUGAUUACAAGGUGGAGAUGGUUAAUGAUGGGAUGCAUGAGUUCUAUGUAGAUUUCCAUGGACCUAGUGAAAAAGGAAAUGGAUAAAGAAAAGUCACAAUGUGAUGGGUUUCUGGCAGGUCCUUAUCAUGGAGGUGUGUGGAGGAUAAGAGUAGAACUCCCAGACGCUUACCCGUAUAAAUCUCCUUCGAUAGGAUUUAUUAACAAAAUUUACCACCCCAAUGUUGAUGAGAUGUCGGGUUCGGUUUGUUUAGACGUUAUCAAUCAAACUUGGAGCCCCAUGUUCGAUCUGGUAAAUGUUUUUGAAGUGUUCCUACCACAACUCCUUUUGUAUCCCAAUCCAUCAGAUCCUUUGAAUGGAGAGGCUGCAGCCUUGAUGAUGCGUGAUCGAGUUGCUUAUGAACAAAGAGUAAAAGAAUACUGCGAAAGGUAUGCGAAACCAGAAGACAUAAUAGCUGCACCAGACAAAUCAAGCGACGAAGAACUUAGCGAAGAUGAAUCUGACUCGUGUGACGAGGAAGUGGCCGGGAAAGCAGAUCCCUGAGGGCUCAUUUUAAGUGUCUUUCACUGUACAAAAAUGUCUGUGUUUCUGUUGAUUCUAUUCCAACUCCUGAAUUAUAGACUUAUCAAAAGGGUAAAUUAUCCCCAUGAAUACUUUCUUCUGCCAUUGUACAUAAAUAUUUGAUGCUCUUUUUAUUUUGUAAUCACCAUAUGCUCUAUGGUUCUGUUAAGGAAGACUUUGUUAUACCAAUUUCACUUUGCUUCA